AGAUUUUAAUUUGUGGGAACGAGUUUUAUUUUAAUUUUUUCAUGUCAGGACAUGGGCUCCGUAGUUGUUUGAUGAAUGUGGUUAAAAUAAACUUCCUGUCAAAGACCUACAGCUGAAGCAGAACUGGCUUGAAAUAUUUCCGUAAUACUUCCACAUAAAAUAUGAGCUUCCUUUUUUUAUUAUUUCACAUUUUCUUCUCAGUAAUCGUUAUUAUUUCAGUGUAAACACACGUCCCGGCCUCCGUACACAAUCGUGGACGCUUAUGUUAGACAGGAUCAAACACUCUGCAUGCAGUCACGGUUCCGGCCUGCAGGGGGCGUCCUUCUGCCGGCUGUCUGUCACCUUCUUGGCUUUCGAGCUAAAGCGAGAAGAAAAUGUCAUCUUGAAAGUGAAAGCAGAGCGGAGCCUGCAGCAGGUGUUCCCUCUAACGGCAGGAGCUCCGUGAACGGUGACCGAAGGCUGUCACGUGACAGUGACAGGUCACACUCAGACGUCUCAUGUCAGCGCGCCUGCGCCACAGCUCCGUCCUCUCCGCUGGGUGGGUGGAGUUGCUCAGAACCGAGCCGCGGGUUUCCCCCCAUCCUGACUGAAUGCCGGGGCGCUGAGGCUGAGUCCGGAUCGUGAGCUGCUGUGUCUCCAGCGUCCGGCCGCGCGGCAUGGAGGAGCGCCCCUGAUCCGCGCAGGAGCAUCAGCUGUCCUCCCCGUCACGAUCCGCACUGACAGGCCUGACCAUGUCUGCGCGGGACAAGGGGGUGCUCACCAAAGACAGCGUCAGCCUGCUGCCGUGUUUCUAUUUUGUGGAGCUGCCGAUCCUUGUAUCGUCAGUGGUCAGCCUUUACUUCCUGGAGUGGACGGACGUGUUCAAACCAGUUCAGUCUGGCUACAACUGUCAUGACCGCAGCCUGAGCCUGCCCUACAUCGACCCUCACCAUGAGGCUAUCCCCCUCCUGAUGCUGCUGAGCCUGGCCUUUGCUGGACCGGCCAUCACAAUCAUGGUUGGAGAGGCCAUCCUGUUCUGCUGCCUGUCGCAGAAGAAGAACGGCGCCACGGCGGAGGCCAACAUCAACGCCGCCGGAUGCAACUUCAACUCCUUCAUGCGCAGAGCCAUCCGCUUUGUUGGAGUUCAUGCCUUUGGACUUUGUGCCACAGCCCUGAUUACAGACAUCCUCCAGCUGAUGACUGGCUACCCUGCACCUUACUUCCUCACUGUGUGCAAGCCCAACUACACCACACUGAGCCUCAGCUGUGAGCAGAACCCCUUCAUCAUGGAGGACAUCUGCUCUGGAGCAGAUCCCAAAGCUAUCACCCAAGGCAGAAAAUCGUUUCCAUCGCAGCAUGCUACCCUUGCCUCCUUUGCUGCCGUCUAUGUUUCGAUGUACUUCAACAGCACACUCACGGACUCUUCCAAGCUGCUCAAACCUCUGCUGGUCUUCUCAUUUGUGAUGAGCGCCAUCAUCUGUGGGCUGACCAGAAUUAUUCAGUACAAGAACCACGCUGUAGACGUCUACCUGGGAUUUCUGAUUGGAGGUGCGAUUGCCGUGUACCUGGGUCUGUAUGCAGUUGGAAACUUUCAGUCUAGUGAAGAGACCGGCAGCACCCCCCCUCUGCUUGUACAUCAGCCCUCUUGCUCCAUGCCCCACCUAGGCCAGGAGACCAUUCUCCAUCACCUACAGGUCAAAGCUGGCAUGGUGAGUGAGCCGGGCAUGCCCACCUCCCACUCUGAAGGCGUGCUCCACCAAAGCCUUCAGCAGAGAGCGGACGAAAGCCUCAAACGCUCCAGUGCAGAUUUUGAGGUCAUCUCCCCCUGCAACCCUCAUAACAAAGACGCUGUCAUGACUUUUAGUCACACCCUCCCUCGCGUUCACACCCCUCAAGCCAUCUCGAUGUACGAGGAAGCUGCCAGACGUCACAUUGCCACUCUUCACCACGCCUCAAUGGACUCCAGCCGCUCCAAACAGCUUCUGUCUCAGUGGAAGAGUAAGAAUAACAACCACAAGUGCUCCAUGCUGGUGUCCGAGUCCUUUUCGUCCUCUGUGGACUCUGCGUCUGGCCAGUCCUCCCAGCAUGCACACCACCACGGCAGCAUGGAGUUUCGGUCCAGCUCUGAACCCUCUGCAGUGAGCCUAAACGGAGGUCUCGACAGCCACGCAUACAUGUCCAGCCUGCCCCCGGGUACUAGUACCACUCUGCCUACUAACUGCAGUGGCAUAGCAGGAGGAACCAGGAUAUCCAUGCAGUCCAGACCGGGCUCCUCACAGCUAGUCCACAUCCCAGAGGAGGCCCAUGAGCCUUACAGCAGCACCUCCCAGAAAUCAAUAGGAGAUGGAGGUAGUGACAGGAUGUCAGCGGUAAACAGCACCGCUCAAGCUAACUGGCAAAGGGCAGCAGAUAUGGCAGCAGUGUGCAGGACUAACGGAAACAUACCAAACAGUCAGCCUCGAAUCAUGCAGGUGAUUGCCAUGUCCAAGCAGCAGGGGCUACUACAAACACAUUCCAAAAGCUUAGAUGAGAGCAGCAUUGGUGUGAACAAGAAUGGAAGUAGCCAGGGUGCUCCUCAUUGCAGGGCACCCAUUGAUCAAGACCUCACCAGCAACACAGGCUCCGGUUCACUGGGCAGCACCUCACGCAGCAUUUCAGGGAGCACUGGAGCCAUUGUGAGGGUAGAGGCCCACCCUGAAAAUAGCAAACCAGUGAUUCAACCUCCAUCCACAGAUGGCAGUGGAUCAUGGAGAUGGCGCUCCCUGGAUCAUGGCACUGGAGCUGGCGCAACCCCCGGGACCGCUGCAGCAGGUCAGAGACAGUCCUUUGAGCACAGUGAUCAGAACGUAGACUCAGAGAGUUCAGACUCGAUACGUGAAGGCUCAAUCGAUAGGAAGAGAUGCAAUCACAUCGUUACCACGGCUUCCGCAGUUGGAAACACACCUGUAGUUACUGUCCACACCCAGAGCAGUAGCACCAGCCAGUCAGAGCAGAGACCCAACCCACAGAGUCUUUCUACCAUACGGGUCACUCCGGGAGACGGAGGAGGUUCUGCGUCCGGAGGUGGUGGAGAGACCGCCUCAGAAACCCCUUCAGUUGCUUCCAGUCGCGAGUCAACACUGCGAAGAAAAGGGAACAACAGGAUCAUGGUUCCAGAGAGAGCCAACAGCCCGGACAUUGCUCGAAAUGUUUUCUACAAGGGAACAUCCAUGACCCCCGCAUUCAAAGACUAAAGUCUAGAGAGACAUGGUGGUCCGAUCAAGAUGUAGCCAAAAAGAUCGGAAAACUGGUAAAAAGCCAGCUGUCACUGUAAAUGGUCAGAGUACAUAAGUUAUGAGGUUUUCCAUAGCAUGAUUUUGUACUAGUUUACACUAAAGCACAAGCAUUUAAGUCUUGUAGAAGUUCUCACUGUGUGCUGUGGUCAUGCCCAAAAAACCCUUGUUGGUGUUGAGUCUGUGCCUGUAGUUUUUACUGGAGGCAAACAUUUCCUUACAGUCAUGCAGGUUGAAGAAAUAAUGAUUAUAUAUACAUAUAUUGAAAUAUAUAUAUAUACAUAUAUAAACACUUGGAAAGAGUUUCUCUAGCUAGUUGUAGAUUUCUAAAAAAGAAUCAAAACAGUUCCAUUCAGACUAUGACUAUGUAACAGGUGUUACGUCUCAUCAUUGUAAGUGGUGUGUAUACCUGAAGGUGGUGCUACACUGUUUGAUAAAACCCAGAAAAAUUCUAUAAUUGUAAAAGUAAAAAAGUCUUUUGUAAAACUUUAAAACGAUGACUUCAAAUAGUUUCUAUUUUCCAUGUUUUCUGCUCAGAAACGACAAAUUCAACAGAAAACAGUUUGAACCGAAGUGUGCUUAGCCUCCGUCCUGUAGCAAUGAAAGCAAUGCUGCGCCUUGCACUGAAACCAAUGUUUACUUUGUGUGAGGUUUGCCAAAAUCCUCAAUCUGUGUGGCUCUGAAACCCGUAGACAUACAAAACCUUUCAGCACUAAAAGGAGAAACAGCACUGACAUUACAACAGUGUUUGUCACAGCACUGACAGUAGGUGGCAGGGACUACACCAAAAAAAGUUCAGAAAAAAAGCUUGGCUCCCAGAUAAAGGAAGUCUAGUGAAGAAAUAAAAAGUGUGUUUUAUAUUUUCCACUGUGAUCUGACUUGUAGCACAUUGUUGUCUUCGGUUUUGGAUUCUUUGGAGGACUUGGUUCAGGGAGGCACCCUGCUCUGUUCAGCUCUCAUCAAUGGCUAAAGUGCUCCGCGGUACAGAACCAAGUGUACUGGGGCACGGUACGGACCACCUGAUGGGAGUCGGGAGGUUUCACACACAUUCAGCAUUCCCAAGCAUGGUCAAAGUUCACAUUUUUAGUUUUUCUCCUAAACCCAAAGAAUGAGUUGUACAACAUAAACUCAAAUAAAGUAGAAGAAAGCAAACUAAUAUUGUGGCCACAUCUGAUGUCAACCAGGCAUCUCCUAAAUUGUGCGUUGUGUGCUUUUAAAUAAAUACAUGAAUUAGUAGCACAGUUUGCUCUGAACAUUAGCAGCAGUGCUAACUUGACUUCUUUGUAGCAUUUGUGUGAUCAGCAUCACGUCAUGACAUCCUAAUACCUCGUUGUAAUAAUCAGCAGUGUGUUGGAGGCUCUGCUGAGGAGGAGUGGGCCACGUUGCUGAUCUGAUCCCCCUCAGUACUUGCAUGAGCUGAACCAGCAGCGAAGUCGGGCUGUGAUUUCCCUCUGUGCCAUUCAGUAACCAGCAGCUUUUUACUGUGACUGUUGUUCCACUGUUCUCUGAGCGUGGAGACGUUUGACAGUUUCACUUAUCAAGUCUAAAAUAUUAUACUAUGAAUUUGUUUUCAUGUUGCAGAGUAAAAAUGUUUAAAUACUUGAAAUUUUGGCACACGUGUUAUUGUAACCACCAUUUCAAUACCGGUGUGACGAUCUGUGGAGAUUUCCAAAGCCAGGAGUUUGGGAUCAAUCAUAUUCUGUAUAUGAUCAAUAUAUUUUGCUUUAUGUUUAACAUGAUUUAGCAUUUCCCAGAUGAAGUUGCAUGUUUCACAGUGUGUUUUAAUGAUGACUUUACGAAGCAUUAUGCAAUUUAAUUGUGUUUUUGUGUGUGUGAGUAUUUCAUAGUGUAAAAAUCUUUUAAUGAAAGUACUGUUUUGCUUUAAGGCAUAGCACAGGUUUUCUCUCCUUCUGUAUUCAGUUAUUUGAAAAGUGGCCAUACCAUCCUGUGAAAACACCCAAAUGUAAAGAGAACCUGGGACCAGGGAAGUGAUGCUUUCCCACAAAAAAGACUGUUUUGUUUAUAAGCUGGAAUGACUGACGGUAAAGCGGGCCAUCACUUUUAGAAUUCUCUUACUGAAUUUGACACAUUUGUACUUCCAGUAUGCAGCAGGAUCUCAGUGUUUUCUUCCAUUUUCUACUGUAGCAUUUUUGACAAACCUUCUGAAUGACCGUUUUUCUAAAGGAUACUUUAAAAUCUGAAACGGAACCAGUCAAUGUGCUUUUAAUGCACACAGUCGUACACCAUCUUGGCUCCUAAACAGAUGUUGAGUAUCUUAUUUACACAGCUUUGGGAACAUCCAACUAAAGGUUUGACAUUUGUUGUUAUUUGCAUUUUCUUUUAUUCUAAAAGAUGAGGAAAAAAAAAACAGAGAUCAUUCUUCCCUCGAAUAAGGAAUCUUCCCAAAAAGAUGCCACAGUUAAGUACCGCUUUCUAUCUGCAGAAACAAUGACUUGUUGGUCCAGAAGCACAAUCCUUAGCAGAUGCCCCAGACGAUCUACAAAUAUACAGAUUCCAACAGUUACACAAAGAUGCCUGCAUUAGGUAUUGGACCUAAACUCUGACAAACGUCUCUGCUCCACCAUCAGUUGAACCCAGUCUGAUCAAACCCACAUUUCCCAUUUCAGCUGUAGCUUCUAUUUGCAAGAACAAUCAUUUGUCUUCAACAGUUAAUCGACAAAUCCUAUUAGCUGAUCAUCAGUCAACCUUCAGGUGGGCUGACUCCGCCUUAGUCCAACUAAAUCAAAGUUCUGUUUUAAAAAAAAAAGUUUAAUGCUAACUUCUGACGGCAGUCAAAUAUUAAUACCAGUUUUAACAUUUAUGUGAAAGAAGCAGCAGCCUCUGUGAUGUGUGAAACUAACAGGAUUUUUGAGUUUGCUUUUAAUGAAGGCCUCAAAACUGUGCCUGUUGACGUUUAAACAUGAAUGCUGUCUUAAUGAACCGGCCACAGCAGUUUUGUGUGUUGAUGGGAGUCAGCAGGUCCAGCAGCUCAGAGCAUUCAGAUGAGCUGAAGAGGCACUGCUGCCAAAAAAAAACAGAAAAGUGAAACCAGAAAUCACACAGAUUCCAGCUGUCACUUUGAGACGGUACAAGGUUAUGUUCAAAGUUACCUCAGCCAUAUUUCUUCUCCAUUCUGAUGUUCAUUUUAAUCUCCAGAGGCUGAUCUUCCCCAUGUCUGCAUGACGAAGAGCCGCUGAUGGCUGGUUUGGUUUUUGUCACGUUUUUCUCACAGAGCUCUGGUUGAGAGUGUCUAUAAAUGUUGAUUGAGUACAAAAUCUGAAGGGAAGCUCUGUCAAAUGGACAGAUUGUCUGGAAGGCAUAUGCAACACAACAUCCUGAAGUGAUCGAUCCAAUGAGUAGCAGAGCAGAUGGUCAUGCAUGUGUGCAUCCAUGUCUCUGGACAAUUAAUGCUUACCGAUAAUGUGAUCAGCCAUUUCUGUUCUAUGCAUCCUAAAAAUAAAAAUACCUACAUAUCUUUGCUGUCAUGUGAGGAAAAAGAAAAUCUUCCUCUGGUUUAUUAACCUGAUUUGAUCAAAUAUGAAUCAUUUGAAAGCAACUGAAACUCAAGUUUGAUGCAGCAAGUCUACCACAGCUGUCAAAGUUAUGUCAGACAUGAAAUAUUGGAAUAAAUGUUUAUUAUACAGA